AUGGCACGUAGUGUAGGCGAGGUUCAGGCGUUCUUGUGUGAAGUGAAGGAAGAGGACAUAGCAAGAAGACAAAAUAGUAGGGUGACGGCCGACUUCGAGGUCGUGUCCACGAUAUACGUCUUGGAUUUAGCUUACGAUUCCUGCAAGCAGAGGGAGGACGGCUACCACGUCAACAUCAAAAGGCUUGCGCGGUACUUCGAGGUCUUGCAGACCAUCAAGGAAGUGCUAGAAGUAUUCGAGGGGUUAUUUGGUUUGGAAUUUGAGACCAUCAAGGCUAGUGUCUGGCAUGAAGAUGUCAAGGUUUAUUCCGCCUGGGACAAACGAAGCUAA